UGCACACAAAUACUGCGCUAUAAAUAUUAACAGAUGUAUGUGCUUUGACCAAGAACGACACUUGCGAGCAUGCUGAGAAAACAGCAAAGAGGACGAAAAAGCGAGGGGAGGCAACAACAACAAAACCCUGGAUCCAAAAGCUGCCAUUCUGCCACAGGGAGAGACCAUGACGACACUUCCCUUAAAAAACAUGGCAAUUUGUGAUGCUGCUUUGCGCAUAGGCUCACACAUCGGUGUGGGCUGUCGAGGAAAGUGAGCGAUGCAGUGAAGAAUAACCAACACGCCUAAGGUCAAAGGUCAAAGGUUAACCAGGAAGUGGAGGUGCAGGAUGCAGUCUGUCGCUCAGGAGCAGCCGUUGGCCCUCGCUGCAGUGAAGUCGCACUAUUCCACCAAUGGGAAAGAAGAAGAGGUGAAAACAGAUGCAGAUUCCAUGGAGGAAGAGGCGGAGUUCAACUGGGAGGAGUACAUGGAGGAGACGGGGGCGAUCGCUGCCCCUCACACCACCUUCAAACAUGUGGAGAUCAGCCUGCAGAGCAGCUUCCAGCCGGGCAUGAAGCUGGAAGUGGCCAAUAAGAGCAGCCCGGACUCGUACUGGGUGGCCACCAUCAUCACCACGUGCGGCCAGCUGCUGCUGCUGCGCUUCAGCGGAUAUGGAGACGACCGCAAGGCCGACUUCUGGUGUGAUGUCAUGACGGCCGAGCUGCACCCGGUGGGCUGGUGCACGCAGAACAACAAGACCCUCAUGCCCCCCGAAGAUAACAUUUACCUGAGAAAAGCCAUCAAGGAGAAAUACAGCGACUGGACAGAGUAUCUCGUUCAGGAUCUGACCGGCUCCAGGACCGCACCGGCCAACCUGCUGGAGGGGCCUCUGAGAGGGAAGAACACGGUGGAUCUGGUCGUGGAGGGCUCCCUGCUGGAGCUUCAGGACGUCUCGGGCCCGUCGCUUUACUGGCCCGUCCGAGUCAUCCAGAACGUGGGAGGGAGGCUCCGCCUGCGCUACGCCGGCCUCUCCGACGACCACCAGGCUCAGGACACCUGGCUGUUCUACCUGGACGUCAGGCUCCGCCCGCUCGGCUGGGCUCUGGAGAACCGGCUCGCUUUAGAGCCGCCGACAGGGCUCAGGACUCUGAAGAGCGCCGCCGCCUGGCAGGAGGUUCUGCAGGACGCUCGACUGGACGGACAGAAGAGCUCGCUGCCGCUGGAGGUGUUCAAGGACCACGUAGACCUGCCCGAGCACUCCUUCAACACGGGGAUGAAGCUGGAGAUGGUUUCUCAGUGGCAGCAGCUGCAGAUCUGCCCCGUUUCUGUCACCAAGGUCUACAAUGAGAUCUACUUCCAGGUCACGCUGGACGAUCUCUCCGUCGACACUAAGCCGCGGUUUGUGGUGUGUCACGCCAACUCGCUCGGCAUCCUGCCCGUCCAGUGGUGUCUGAAGAACGGCGUGGGUCUGGAGCGGCCCCCGGGCUACGAGGGCCAAGACUUCGACUGGGCCGACUACCUAAAGCAGAGCGGGACAGAGGCGGCCCCCGACGCCUGCUUCCCUGAUACAUGGCAGAACAGAGGCUUUGCCAAGGACAUGUGGCUGGAGGCGGUGAACCCUCACCAGCGAGAGGAGGUGUGUGUGGCUCAGAUCACGCAGGUCAGAGGACGCCUGCUGUGGCUUCGACUGGAAGGUGUGGCGAAGCCCCUGUCAGAGUGUAUCGUGGACGUGGAGUCCAUGGACAUCUUCCCUGUCGGCUGGUGCGAGGCCAACGCUUACACUCUGACCCCUCCUUUCAAACCUGUCUGCCAGAAGCAGAAGAAGAUAGCGGUGGUGCAGCCAGAGAAACAGCUGGCUCCGUCCCCGCCGCCAGAGACGACACCUGUCAACCUCUGCCAGCCCGUCGCCGUGGAUCCAGCCAAUGGCAGAUACUGCUGCUCCAAGAUUUUUGUCAACCACCGCUGCUUCUCAGGACCCUACCUCAACAAGGGACGCAUCGCGGAGCUGCCGCAGGCCGUCGGGCCUGGAAAGUGCACGCUGGUCCUCAAAGAGCUGCUGAGCAUGCUGAUCAACGCCGCCUACAAGCCUGGACGAGUCCUGAAGGAGCUGCAGGACCUGGAGGAUCCGAGCUGGGACUGCCACGAGGAGACCCUCAAAGCCAAAUAUAAAGGGAAAACUUAUCGCUCCACCAUCCGGAUCGUGCGCCUCGCAGACCAGAUCCCAGACUUCUGCCGUAAAGUGUGCGUGAAGCUGCAGUGCUGCCCCAACCUCUUCAGCCCCGUCCUCGUCACAGACAAGUGCCCGGAGAACUGCUCCGUGCAGACCAAAACCAAAUACACGUAUUACUACGGCAAGAAGAGGAAGCUGUCCAAGCCGAUGGGAGGAGAGGAGGCGGCGGAGGGGGACCUGGCCAAGCCGGCGCGGCGCAGGAAGAAGAGGAAAGCUAUCUUUGUGCAGAAGAAGAGACGCUCGUCCGCUGUGGACUUCACUCCUGCCGGCUCACCGCAGGACAGCGAGGAGGAUGAAGAAAUGGCGUUGCAGUCGGGCAGUGAAGGCACCAGCUCGGAGCCACGCGAGGACCACACUGACGCAUCCUCGGUGGACGUGACCAGCAGCCGCCCCCGCCGGGCCGCCACGCUGCGCCGAGCCUUCAGCACCACGGGCAGCCAGGAGACCCCCGAGUGCCGCCGGAGGUCGACUCGCUCGCUGUCGGCUUACAGCAACAAGUACCAGCCUCCCAAAGGACAAGACAUGCAGAUGGAGGAGGAAGAGGAGGAGGAGGGUCAGCUGGUUUUGGACAGGAACCCCCUGGAGUGGAGCGUAGACGAAGUCGUUCAGUUUAUAAACUCUACGGACUGUGCCUCCCUGGCCAACAUCUUCCAGGAGCAGGACAUCGACGGUCAGGCUCUGCUGCUGCUAACUCUGCCCACCGUACAGGAGUGUAUGGACCUGAAGCUCGGCCCCGCCAUCAAACUGUGUCACCAGAUAGAGCGUGUCAAGGUCGCCUUUUACAGACAGUACGCCAACUGAUCCAGGAGCAGCAGCAGUCAGACGUGUUGGAUUAGCUGCCUCCUGGUGGGAAACGUUGGAGUUUUUUAUGGAUUUCCAACUUCCAGGACGAAGGGAUAUUUUCAUGGGAUUGGAUUAGAGAAGCACAAACUAAGAUGCAACGGGAGGUUUCCCUACGAGACGCUGAAGGAUUCAUUUCUGGGAUACUGUCGGUGUGAAGAUGUGACGCAGUCGAUCGGUGUGCUAUGAAGUUAUUAUGAGAAGCUGAAGACAUUCGUGUUUAUUUCUUACUUUUCAUUUUAUUUGAGAUGGGAGCAUUAUAGCGUUCAAGUAAAAAAAAAAAAAAAAGAAGAGUUUUCCCCUUUUUGUGUGACAUGAUUGGAUAUAUUUGAAAGUAUUUAACAAAUCAAGAAGUAAUAUAUUUGAAUAUUUAUUGUUAUCCUUAUUUAUAAGGCGUAAUGCAUCUGGAUUGAUCAGUUCUAUAAUAAUGUCGACAUGAACUCGAAACAAACAAACCUAAAAGAUGUUAUUUCAGACGCAGGAUCUGCAUUUAUUUACAGUCGCACUUUGUGUUGCUCACUUCUCAUCGUUAACGAUCACAUGAAACAAUCAUGGAAGUCAUUUUGUUUCCGUCUAUGCAAAUGUGUUGCAGAUAUUUUUGAUAAGUAAGAAAAUAAAUUUCUAUUGAUUUUUUA